AUGGCAAAUUCACUGGUGUCAUUCCUUGAAAGAAGGAAGAAAACAGCCGUCAAGGCUUCAACACUACUUCAAAAAACCGAGGAACCGAGCGAAGAGGAACAGCAAGAUAAAGAUGCUGAGGAGGAACAAGAACCACAGUCUGAACACGAUAACGAGUGGCGUGUAAGCAGCGAUGAGAGUGACGAGGCGUUGCAAACGCAUUCAAAUUUUGGUCCAAAUUUGGUAAAAAUAAUCCAAACAGUUGAAAACGGAGAACCUGAAGAUUCUGUAAAGGAGUCCCAGGAACGUAAAACUCAGCAGAUCUGGCCUCGAGAGACUGAGCAGCAGGUUGAGGAGCCGCCAGCGAAGCCGAAGAUUUGGGUCCCCAAGUUCAGAGAUUCUAAAGGGGUUUUAAGCUCGAAAAACGACGUAGACUUGGCUGAAUCUGUCAAAAUGUUCACGAAAAAUGAUUUGUCGAGUUUGAAGAAGAAGAAGAAAAGUAAGCCGAAAUCGCAGGAGCAGGAGGAUGAUUUUGCUGUCGUCAAGGUCAAAUUUGAUGUUUUUUCGCUAUUAAAGGAUGAGUAUUCGCAAUUUAAAUCACAGAAAUUUACAAUGGACGAACAAUUAAUCAAGAUGAAAUAUUCUGAUAGGUUCGACUUCAGCUAUUUAACAUUUAUUAUUAAAUUUAUUUAUUAUAGACUAGUUAUUAUUAAAUUUAUUUAUUAUAGACUAGUUAUUAUUAAAUUUAUUUAUUAUAGACUAGCAACUGGUGUAAUUUGUUUCAUAAGUAAAUUUAAAUGA